CGUCACAGACAGUAUCUUCUGAGUUGACACACCGUCUGCCAAGCGGUGUGUGUGUGUGUUCGUGUGUGCGCUGUGCCACACAUAUACCUGAAAAAAAGUUUAUAUUCCGGUGACAAGAACGGAUUAAAUUUCAUUUGAAGGAAUUCAGGAAUUAAUGUGUAUAUAUGUGUACCAUUUUUAUAUCAGUGUGUUCUCUGUAAAAAUCUCUCCCUCGCGGAGCUUUUUUUUUUCUGUGGAUUAUAAUACAUGUUCAAAAAGACAUUCAUUCAUCAAUUGAACACAUGCGUACCUGGAUCUAGAUAACUAGAUCUCUGAAUUGUUUGGAGGCUAUUACUUUGUUCUCAGAAUUAAAUCUAGUAUUAGGCUACUUUUUUUUUUUAGUUUGUUAUACAGAUAUAGGCUUACAUACAAUACGAGAUAGUAGAUCUAGUUGCUAUGGAAUAUUGACUAGUAGGACGUGUAAUAAAUAAAUAUCUAGUUUCUAGAAUUUUCGCUUUAAAUCAUAUGCAAAAUGGUAGGUGCAAAGUUUGUGGAUUGUGGUUCAUUGAAUAUUAAUGGGCGCCAGAGAGUUUCCGCAUGUUUUUCUCGAGGAAUAGGGCGUCCUUUCGUAACCUCCAUGGCGUACGCCCUCAUCAUCGUCUGCGUCUUCCUUGCCAAUGUAGAGCUAAGCGUCUGCAACAACCAGGAGUGCGUCAGCUUGUCCCCUGAGCAGGCUGCCCGUCUGGCCGACAUCGUCGUGUCUGGCACAGUGAGGAAGGUCAUGCUGGACAGAGACUCCUCGACCAGUGCCAGCCGACUCUUUAAGGGGCAAAUCGAGAUCAAGCGAGUCUUCAAGGGGGAAAAACUUCUGGACAGCCUGUUCACCAAGACGCCCUCUCAGCUCUGGCACAAAUUAGUUUUGGUGAAAGGUUUCGGUGACCCGAGCAUAUGCCGGAGCUCCGUCCAGGAGAAAGAUACAAAGAUCUUCAUGCUUCAGCUCAACAGUAAAGGAGAGCUCAAGCUAAAUUCAUCCAUUCUGCCCUUGAUCUUGCUGAAUUUGGAUUAUGUGGACGCUAUCGUACACAAUCAACCAUUCGUACCGCCAAGUCCGAAACCAAAACUAUCUCCAUGCUACCUCCACUUCUGCCCGUUUGGAUCCACCUGCCGCGUGAACAGCUCCACCAACGAGCCCGUCUGCGUGUGCGAGCAGAAAUGCCCGGCAGUCCUGGCCCCCUUGUGCGGCAGCGACGGGGCCACCUACAACAACCCUUGCUUGAUGGAGAGGGCCUCGUGCCAACGGGGGAAGAAGAUCAAGGUGGCUUCUAACGGCCCAUGCGGUAUCCGGAACCCGUGCGAAGGGCAAGAGUGCAAGUUCGGCGCCGAGUGCAAGUCCUCCAUCGACGGCAAGGUGGCCAGGUGUCAGUGCCCUUCAGACUGCCCAUCCUACGGAGACAACGUCGGCAGCGUGCCUGUGUGCGGCACCGACGGUGUGAACUACGCCAAUGAGUGUGAGAUGCGUAAGAACGCUUGUCAGAAGUUAGACGUCAUCAGAGUGAAGUAUUAUGGGAGAUGCGAUCCUUGCGAAGGUCACGUGUGCGAGGCCCCCAAAGUGUGCAUGAUCAACAAUAACAAAGAAAGGCAGCCGGAAUGCAUGUGCAGCUUCGUUUGCCCUUCGGAGAUCAACUUGGUCUGCGGCACAGACGGACGCACCUACAGUAACAGUUGUUUCCUGAGGCAGCAGGCCUGCAAGUCUAAGAAAGAAAUCCGGGUGCUAAACUCGGGGAAGUGCGGUCCAGGACUAACCAUCUUAAAAGGCACAAUACAAGAUGAGUAUAAUAGAAAACUAGAUCAUGAUCAUCCCUGCACCAAAAUCAAGUGUGGCCUUCAUGAAGAGUGCAGUGUGACUAAAUCAGGAGCCGCAGUCUGCCUGUGCCCCAAAGAGUGUCCACAUAUAUUUCGUCGUGUAUGUGGAACUGAUGGCAUAACAUAUGACAAUGAGUGUGAACUGAGGAAAUCCGCCUGCGCAGAAAAAGUGAACGUCACUUUCAAACAUGAUGGACCCUGUGGGCCAAACCAAGUCUGUAGUACUAAAGUGUGUCAUUAUGGAUCUAUGUGUGUUGAGCAUGCUGGGAAGGCUGUGUGUAGGUGUCCACAGUGCACAGAAGAGUACAACCCUGUCUGUGGAGACAACGGUAUCACAUAUCAGAAUGACUGUAAACUUAAACUAGAAAACUGCCAGCGAGAAGAAAAUGUAAAGGAAAGCCAUAAAGGUGCUUGUGCGGACACUUGUGGAAAUCAAAGGUGCCAUAAUUAUGCCAUCUGCGAACGGGUGAACAAUAAACCAAAAUGCAUCUGCCCCACUUCUUGUGUCCAGGUUGAUGAUCCUGUUUGUGGCAAUGAUGGAGUGACCUAUGCCAAUGAAUGUGAAAUGAGGGUAGAGUCAUGUCGCACACAAAAGUUCAUAGGUAUUGGCUCCAAAGGAACCUGUGACAAAUGCCGAAAUGUUACCUGUAACUUUCACGCCAAAUGUGAAAAUGGAGUCUGUGUAUGCCCCAUACUGUGUGCCACUGUCAAUGAGCCUGUUUGUGCAUCAGAUGGGAAUAACUACCACAAUGAGUGCGAGAUGAAAAAAUACUCUUGUUCCCAGAAUGUCUUUCUGAGUGUCAGCUCUCCUGGAAGAUGUGAAUGGCAAUCUGGGUCUGGAGCUUUGCCCUCUGGAGAUGAUGCAUUGAUAACUGAUGACUCCGAUGACAUGCCAACAACGACCAGUAAAACCAGCACAUGCUCAGAUGAGAAUUGUUUCAAGUACGGAGGCUCCUGUGUGCUGGAGGGAUUGCAACAAAAAUGUGUCUGUUUAUUUACUUGUAAAGCCAUCAGGGAUACUAAAUGUGGCUCUGACGGGCUUACCUACAGCAACGAGUGUACAAUGUCUUAUAAAUCUUGCCAGACAAAAACUAUCAUCAAACCUCAACCAUUGGAUAACUGCGAUGUGUUGGAUGAUGCUGAACCCUGUGAUGGAGCAGUUCCUCUUGUCAACCCUGACACUAAUGAAGACUAUGACUGCAGUGCCAAUACUUGUCCUGCCAACAGUUACUGCCAUGUCAAGUUCUCUAAAUGUUGUAGGCAAGAGUCGGCUCCCUUAACAAGCUGUAGAGAAAUGCCCUUUGGUUGUUGUCCAGAUAAGAAAACUCCUGCUAAUGAUCCGAAAGGUAGAGGAUGUCCAGAUGUUUGUAAGUGUAACUCUUUGGGUUCCAUCAGCACCACCUGUGAUCCUGUCACUAAACAGUGCACAUGUAAGCCUGGGGUCAGUGGCAAGAAAUGCGAUCGCUGUGAGAUGGGUUAUUGGGGUCUGCACAAGAUUGGUGAAGUGGGCAACUCUGGCUGUAUACCUUGUAGCUGUAACAAAUUUGGUGCGUCAAGAGAUGACUGUGAUCAGAUGACUGGUCGAUGCAUGUGUAAACCUCAUGUUGAAGGUUUUAAAUGUGAUAGGUGUCUUAAUGGAAAAGUUUUAGGCCCUGGUGGAUGUCAAGAUCUAUCACCAAUGAGUUGCUAUGAGCUUGAUUGUCGCUUUGAAGCAGUGUGCAGGGAAAAGGAUGGAACACCUUUCUGCGACUGUGAUAACAAUUGUGAUUAUGACACCCACCCAUCGGAUAUAGUGUGUGGCACAGAUGGUCAGACUUUUGGGUCCUUGUGCCAGCUAGAGUAUUAUGCCUGCAGGUUUCAGCAGGAUAUCACUGUGGCUAACAAAGGUCCAUGCAGAGGAUCAUCUUCAGUUUUAACUACCACAGCUUCCCCAGACACUACUGACACAAAGUCAAGAAAAACCACACGGCACAUUGAAGGCUCCGGAGGGGAUACCUACAUAGAUGACAACACCAUCAAGAAUCCAUAUGAAACAGAGAAGGAGGAUGUGAUGACCUGUACUGGUUCCUACAUAGAAAACUUGUGUUUGUCUAACAAGGAUUGCUGUCCAACACACAGUCAUUGCCACAGAGGUUUAUGUUACUGUAAGGAAGGAUAUGUUCCCAAUGGGGACAACACUAAAUGCUAUGAGAUAAAGGCUAAACCAACAGAAACAAUUCACAGUAGCAUCAAUGCCUGUACCAACAACCCCUGUCAGGCUGGUACCUGUAUAUUGGACAAGCAGCUAGGCUACAGAUGUGCAUGUCCUUUAGGAAAGAUAGGACCAUUGUGUAAUAGAGCUGCGGAAUUUGCCACCCCUUCAUUUAGUGGCAGGUCCCACCUGGAAGUUAGACGAAUUGAGAAAGCCACCCAGGAACUGAGCAUAGAGGUAGACUUUUCAACUCUAAACAAGGAUGGCAUCAUCUUGUUCCAUCCCCAAAACAGAGAUGGCACUGGUGAUUUUGUUUCCCUGGCUGUUAAUGAUGGCUAUGUUGAAUUUAGAUAUGACCUCGGAGCUGGACCGGCUAUACUACGCAGCCGUGACACAAUUGAGCCCAUUAGAGUCCAUCGUGUCAUUGCCCGCAGAAGCAAAGAGGCUGGUAUUUUAAUAGUGGAUAAAGAGAAAUCGGUCUCUGGUAGUUCACCACCUACUCUAACCUCCCUUGAUCUGGGUGACUCUCUCUAUUUGGGUUACAUGCCGCAGGCUUCUAGAGAAGUAUAUGAUAAAGUGGGUGUUGACCUUGGCCUUGUAGGAUGUAUCCACUCACUGAGAGCAGGCAACCCAGGAGAAAUGCGUACAUAUAAGCUGGACUACUCCAAGGGGCUAAGUGACAUCAAGGCUGGAGUCGAUAUUACUGAAUGUGAUAAGAACCCGUGUAAAUCUAUGCCCUGUCAAAAUGAAGGAACCUGCAUUGUUUUGGAUGCCCAACACUUUGAAUGUCAAUGUUCACCUGGAUUUAAAGGCAAGACAUGUGACACCAUAGUCAACCCCUGUGCCAGUCAGCCUUGUCUUCAUGGGGGCACCUGUGUUCCUGUCUCAAGCUCAGAUGGCUUUUAUUGCCAGUGUGCUCAGAGCUACGAGGGUUCAAAGUGUGAGAGAGAAUCCAUUCCUGAAGUGUUUGUUCCCCAGUUUACUGGAGACUCUUACCUUGAGAUACCAUUGCCUGAGAUUAUGACCACAUCCCUGUCUAUAACUGUUUGGUUCAUGACCACUAAACCUGAUGGCCUUAUUCUGCUGGUCACCCAGAAACCACGGGGAGAGGGAGAUUUCAUUGCCCUCAUGCUUGAGAACUCAAGUCUGAUUUAUACUUUCUAUCUAGGCAGUGGUGUCGGAAGGAUUGAAAGUAAAAAGCAUAUUCAUCUUGACAAAUGGCACAAAGUCACCAUUUCUAGAAAUGGACGCAUCGGACAGAUGACCAUUGAUGCACAUGCACCAAUCACAGGAGAAGCUACGUUUGUCAAUUACGUGGGUCCAUCCACUGCAUUGAACAUUGACAAGAGACCACUAUAUUUGGGUGGAUAUAACCUGAAAUCUGAUGUUCCUGCCAAGCUCGGCUCACGCACAGGUUUCACUGGAGCAAUACAAAGGAUCAUCAUAAAUGGCCGCACUAUUGUGGGACUCUUAGCUACAGCUGUGACCAUGAGGAAUAUUUCGACUUAUUCUGGGCCACCUUGCAACAUCAACCCAUGCAUGAAUGAGGGUGUCUGUAUUCCAAUGCUACAUCUUGCAGAGUGUCGUUGUACUGCAAAUUUCAUGGGGGAAAGGUGUGAAAAACAUUUUGAACAAGUAGACAAAGAUCAACCUAUACGCUUUAAUGGUACCACUUUCUUGAGCUUUCUUAAUGAGAUAACACGCAAGGUCGAAGGUCAGCAGAGCAAUGACUUCAGCAUCAAGUUCCGCACCAGUGUCCCUGAUGGGAUUUUGUUGCUGCAGAGAAGUGGGGACACAGUUCAGUCAGACUAUCUUAGUGUGGCCGUCAGCAAUGGUUAUGUUGAACUAUCCUUUAACCUGGGCCGUCAUUCAACUGAUAAACUUUUUAUUGUGAGGUCAAAGGUCAAGGUAGAUGAUGGUCAGUGGCAUCAUGCUGUAAUCUCAAGACAACAUAGAAUCGCAACAGUGCAAGUAGAUAAUGAAGAGCCUGUCAGAGAUACUUUCCCCAUAAGCUCCCAGCAGCUGGAUACAGAUGGCAUCCUCUGGAUUGGUGGACGAGACUCCCUGGCCUGGGAGCUUCCAACCAUGAAAAACUUUGUUGGCUGCAUAAAUGAAGUGACAGUCAACAACCAGCAACUCCAUCUUGUCAGUGACAGACUGAGCCAGAGUUCCACUAUUGUCUUCUGUACCUAAUAUUGGGCUGGAGUAGAUAACUAAUGGUCAGUGAAGGAUAGUCUUUGGGGAACAUUGUUGAUAUUUUGCAGCAUGGUUUCAAUGUAUUAUGAUGGAUUCUUAGACGCAGCUUUACAGAAACUUGUUUUUUUUUUACACUAAGUUCAAUCAAUUUCAAUUUUGAGUUUUCUGGCUUUUGAAUAACAUUUUUAUUAAUAUUCAAAAUUAUAUUCAAAUAUGAAACAAAGUGAUUAGAAACAACUCCCAUGAUAAAGUGGUAUGAAUUUUUGGUUUGUUUUCAAUGUAAGACCAAAAUUUUUCUUUCUUCUGUUAAAACUUGUGUUACUUGAAACUAGAACUUAAAUUUUGCUAAAUAUAGGCCUAUAUAGUCAAGUGUUGAUGCUUAGUGUGAUUAGCAAGUUUGGGAGAGAGAAAUAAGGUUGGCUAUUUACGUUUUUUGUUUUUUUUAUUGUACUAGUAAAGAGAUGGCUACUAUGUUAGUUUUAGUACAUAUGUGAAUUUCAGUAUAUAUGUGGUAAAUAUACGACUGUGUCUGAUAUCAUUUAUCAUAAUUAGUUACUCCUAAGUAGUUUUUAGACUUUCAACUACAGACUGUAAAAAACUUAUGUAUCAAAUAUUUGGGGAUUUAUUGUGCCAGUAAAAGUGGUGGUGUUAUUUGGGAAGAGGUUAAAAUAUUAGAGGUUUUCUGGAACACUGUCAAAUGUUUGGAAUAAACUGACAUUUGAUAGGUCCCAAAUUUAGAAUCUGACAUUAUCACAUCCAUAUAAUUGUGAGCGUGUAUGUUUUUUUUUUAAAUGAGUGCUCUAAAAAAAAAGUAUUACUAAUUAUUUAUUAAACUGCCAAAAAUGUUUUGAAACCAAGUUGACAACCAUUAUUACAGUAAAACCUCAGAGUGAGCUACCUUAAAACUUUGCUUUCUUAAAUCUUGAGCUUGACAUAUCUGUAGGGUCCUAUACCAAGCUCUAAAAUUGCCUGAGAAAAAAAUAAAAGUUAUGUUAAUAUGUAAAUUGAAGUAGUAGCAUAAAUGCAAAAAUUGCUUGCAACCUUGAAACAUUUUUUUCUUUCAUUGGGAAGGGGAGUAAGAUGUUAAACUAAUGUUUUUUUGGGGUUUUUGCGUUCAAGUCCUUAAAAAAAUCAUUAGAAAGCAAAGUACAUAUCAAAUUUAGCUCAUACUCAUUUGUGCGUCACUAAAAUAUAUGAUUCCAUUGUUGGGCUUUAAUAGAUAUUGGUGUAAAUAGAAACAAACACUUUUACUGAGAUUCUGUGUUACUGAAAAACAUUUAUGUUUUAGUUUAGAAUGAUGUAAGCAGAUAGAGGAGUGCCAUUUGUGUGUCUGCAUGUUAUUUAUACAUUGGAUUCAAGUGGUAGAAAUCUUCGGCAACAGUUGUUUGAUGGAUCGGAAACAGUUUAGUCAUUCCAAUAUCUCUCCCCCUGCAAUUAUGUCUGACUAUGGUCUUUAACUAGUAACAUUCCAUUUUGUACUUUUGUCUGAAAGACUAAUCUAAAAAAAAAAAUGUAUAGCAUUACUACAGGACAGUUGAUGAAGUAGUGUUGGCUGACCAUUCAUCAAUUUACAAAUUUACUUUGAAACUGUGUUGCUAUUGCUAAAUAUAAUGUAUGUAGAGUAUGUUUCUAUGUCACAGCAUUGCCAAGAUGUGACCAGACUUACAGUAUGUUUUUAAGGCACUACUUAAGCAAAAUAGUAAAAUAGGUUACAUUAUUGUUUAUGACACAUCAUUUGAGCCAUGACUAAUUUAUAGGUUUAUGCUUCAAGUUGUCGAUCUUUUUACUACAUCUAGCAUGAAUAGCGGAUAGACACUGAAGCUACAACCUUAUUACCAGCUUGAUAAACAUGUCUGUUUUACAUAGGUCAUGUGUAUUUCUAUAAGUCUCUUAAUCUUGACUUAUCUGUAAUUUUUUUUUUUUUUUAUUAAAAAUAUUUUCUAUAUGUUUUAUUUUGAUUAAUAGAUUGAUUAAAACUUUGAUGUUUGAUUGUGCCUCCAGGACAGAGCCAUGUAUAUAGCUGGUUCCAAUGUGACUUUUAACUUUUCUGUAACACCCAUAGACGUAUACUCCUGUGUCAAUGAGUGUAAUUUAAUUCAAGAAGAUAUUUAAAGCAAGACAUACAUUUUUUGUUCAGUUUGAGCCCUGGAAGAAAUAAUGUGUUCUGGUCAUGUGAUCAUGUUGUUUUGAUUUUGUGAUGAAAUCUUGGUCAUGUGAUGGGACUUUUGUUGUGUUGAUGUCUUAAUCAUGUGAUGGGGGUCAUGUGAUGUUCCUUCUUCUUUCAGAUUCCAUGAUUAUGUUGUGAAAAAUAUCUUUGCACUGUUAAGUUGUGAUUAAUGGGAAUCUUUAAACGUGUGUUUUUGAAUUAUUCUGUUUCCUUUCAGUUUGGAUUGAAGUUUAGUCAAGAAAAAAAUGAAGCACUCUUUUAUAUUUUUAUCACUGUCUAAACAUUUGUAUGUAGUGGAACAAACAUCUGUCUUUAUGUUUUCUAAAAUGAAAUGGCCCAUCAUAAGUAACAAGCAUGGAUCUAAGUGAAGUUAAUUACACUUUUUACAUGUGGAUGGUUCAUGUUUAUGAAAUGCUCUAAAUGUACAUCUGUCAUCCUAGUACAAAAAUGUAUGAAAUGUUUUUAAAUUUGGGUUUGAAAACAUUCGCUGUCAUUUUAUGACUGAAUUGCUUAAUGUUAAAAUAGACCUAAAUUUACGACAGUUUAGUGUGCUAGAUCAUUUGUUUAUUUUGUGAUGAAAACUUAGUUUAGGUUUUGAUCCUAUGUAUAGUUGUCUUUUUUUUUGUUUGUUUCCAUGGUAACAACUCUGAACUUGAAAGAGUCUAAGUGCCAUGUUGUGUUUGUUUCUCAAAGUCAUUUCAUUGAAACAUUUCAUGCAAGUUGUUCAUUUUAAAUGUUCAUCAAAGGUUAUGUGGGAACUUAUUGCAUCAAUUUAGCUCAAACUGGUGGACCUGUUCAUAUGAUGACUAAAGUGAAUAGUUUCAUCAGAUAUGAAUUUUUUUUUUUUACACAUGAGAGAACAAGCCUAUUAGUAUGCCUGAAUGAUACUUUCAUUUAAAAAUAUUUAAAAUUCUUUAUUAUAAUUUUUUUCUGCGUAACAGUUAUAUGAAAGAAGAAUUAUUUGGAGAUGGUUUCUAUAAUAAAUUAAAGUGAGUUAGCUAGUAAGACUCAAGGACAACUAACAAAUUUGAAUGUAUACAAAAGUCUUUAACAUUUAGUUGCAAGUAAAAAACUAAUGUGUAAAAACAAAUGUAUGAAGACUGAAAAUGAAAUCAGCUUUUACUUUUGAUCACAUUCACAUCUUUUGUUUCAAGAUACAAUUUCUGGAGCUAAGUAGUUAGUUUUUUAGCUAACAAAUUUUAUAUUGACAACUUCUACAUUCAAAAUUAUAAAGUUUUUAUUUGCUUCAUGACUUCUAGAUAGGCCUACAGAUAACAUCAUUAUAAAUUCAUACCAUUUACAAGUGGUAUUAUGCUACAAGAAGCAACAAAUACAGUGGCUAUUCAGGUUGAUGUAUUCAUAAAUAUAUUAUACAUUUAUUAUAUGCAUGUAACUUUUAUGUGUUUAUACUCAGUGACAUUAACUCUCCUGAUUUCCCCUUGUUUAGGUAUUGGUUGUAAUCAAACAAUAUUUAUAUCAAUCUCAAAAGAAUACAUUUUAUAUUGAGAAAAAAUGUGAUAAUCAAGGGCCAUAGAAUUUUAUAGGAUCAUUUAAAUACAAAGAAAAACAUAUUCAAUGAUGCCUUGGGUUAGACAUGACAUUCCAUACUGAAAGUGUAUCUUCAUCUUUAGGUAAUUUCAUAUAUAUGCUAUGUCAGCUAUCCCCACUUUUUGCCAAAGUCGGUUUAAUCAAACUUUUCAUACUAGUUUUGACAUCUGAUGGCACAGUCACUUAACAAUGUAAUUCAGUACCUCACACACAUUGACUUUAAAUUCUCUUAAUAUUUUACUUAAAUAAUUCGUUAAAGAAAAACUUGUUUUGAGCAUUGUUCUAGCAUAAUCAACAAAGUAGAAGAGUUACCUCCCGUGUUUAUUACACUCAUUUGUCUACUUUAAACAACUUUGUAAUAGUUUUUUUUUAAUUAUUGUUUUGUUCUUCUGCCAAGAUUGAAUUUUUUAAUAAUUUUUUUAUUUGACAUUGAGUCUUUUCCUAUUUUAUGUUUUUUUUUGGUUUGAAUGUUUUGUUAGUCAUGUUUGUAUCAUUGUGUACAUAUCACGUAUGUAUUCAAUGACAUUCCCAACAUUUGACUUUUGAACUGUAUGCGUUUCUAUUCCAAACUUGUAUGUAUGUAUGUUUAACAAUGUGAAAAUUAUAAGCUAUGUAAUCCCAAAUCAUAUACAAUGUUUAACUAAUGAAAUAUUAGAAA